CGACACACAUGUACUCCGUAAAAGGCUCGCCAGGCGCGUGCUGCUGAUAAUGCGACCACAGUCAGUACUCGUCGUUAUUCUUCCUCUAGGCACUUUCAAGUGAGGCUCUCUUUUUUUUUCGGUGUUUCAGCGACCAUGGCCAUCCACAGCCUGGUUCUCGCUCCGUUCUUCGCUUUCCCAUUUAUGUCCCUGCUCUUUCUGCCGGUCGUCCUCCUACUCGUUCGUUACCUAUAUCGAGUGUCUCCAUUUCACCCACUCUCUCAUAUCCCUGGCCCUGUUAUAGCUCGAGUAUCGUCAUUAUGGUUGACGUGGCAUGCAUGGAUUGGUGACGAAGCCACGAUCACCGACGACUUGCACAAAAAGUAUGGCCCCAUCGUCCGCACGGGACCAAACAGCGUGGACAUAGCAGAUGGCACUGCUCUGGCAACAAUAUACACUGAGAAGGGUGGCUUCGGAAAGACAGACUUCUAUGCGAACUUUGAUAUCGAUGGACAUAAGUCCAUCUUCUCCGAGACGGACCCGGCUAGACGGGCUCCCCGCGCAAAAGCGGUGGCUGCGAUGUUCUCGACGACAAAUCUCAGACAAGGACAAGAUAUCAUAUACCAAUGUGUCGACAGGUUCGUGGAUAGACUCAAGGAGGGCAGAAGAUCAGACAACCUGGGCAAGCCGAUGAACAUGCUGAACUUCACACGAGGAUUGGCUGUCGAUGCUGUCUCUUCGUACCUGCUCGGAAACUCCUAUGGUGCUCUCGACGAAUUUGGAGCACGUCAGGAGAAAAGAGCAGUCCGGAAGGAAGUUUCGGGCACUCCAGACUCAGAAAACCACGAACAACACAUGAGCGCCAGUGGUAUGGUCGACUGUUUCGUGGCGGUCGGUAGAUUCUGGUACCUCCCGACGUGGGCAUUCAAGUGGGUCGAGUCAUUCGAUGCAUGGUGGAAUGCAGAAGCUGAAGUCUCGACGAGUCUUUCUCUUGUUGAUGAAUACGUCCACGGCGUGGUCGCCCAGGCCGAGGCGGCAAUUGCUGCAUCCAAGUCGAGCGAGAAGACCUCUCAUCCACUGACCUCAUACCCUGCCAGGCUUCUUCAGGCGGGGCUCACCAUCUCAGAGACUCGCGCACAAUGCAAAGAUCUGAUCUUCGCCGGAACAGACAGCACAGGUAUGAACAUGGCCACGAUCCUGUUCAACCUCACUCGCCAGCCAGAAUGUUACAAGAAGCUCCGCGAGGAGAUCUUCUCAGCAGACCCAGGCUUUGACGAUCUCCAGUCUCUACCGUACCUUCGUGGUGUUGUCAAAGAGGGUCUCCGCCUUUCAAUGGCGAACCCCUCUCGCCUACCUCGAGUGGUGCCGCCUGCAGGUUGGACGUUUAAGGACACAUAUUUCCCUCCUGGGACAACUGUGAGCUGUCAGCCAUAUACUCUCCACCUCAACCCCGAGGUCUUUCCUGAGCCCCACAAGUUCAAACCGGAGAGAUGGGCAGAACCCACAGAGGAAAUGCUUCGCGACGCCAUCCCGUUCGGAUUGGGCAGUCGGCAAUGCAUAGCUAGAAAUCUGGCGACGGUCGAACUGUUUUGCGCAACAGAGAGAUUGGCAAGAGCAGACGCUCUGGAGGGUGCCCACACUCUCAAGGACAAGGUCGAAAUCCUGGAGUGGUUCAACAGUAAAGUGGUUGGCGAGAGAGUUGAUUUGGUUUGGGAAUAAAAAGGCUCUAGCCGUUGUCCGGGGUAUUAAAAUAUACGUAGCGACCAAGUCUACCGUCAAGCUACAAUGUUGAAUGGAGUGGGAUUGAAAUAGACGGGUAGGUGCUUAUGAGGGGAGAAAAUGAUGUACUUUUCAGUACCAUGAAUAGAACUGUGC